GAAGUGGUGUGAAUGGUGUCAGUAGUGGAUUCCGGCCGGUGUCUGUGUAUCAUUGUAUUCGGGAGAAAUGCCUGAGCUGGCGGUAGACAAUGUUGUGGUUCACCCGCUGGUGCUGUUGAGCGUGGUGGAUCAUUUCAACAGGAUAGGCAAAGUUGGAAACCAGAAGAGGGUUGUUGGUGUCCUGCUAGGUUCUUGGCACAAGAAAAUCUUAGACGUGUCCAAUAGUUUCGCAGUUCCUUUUGAUGAGGACGACAAAGAUGAUUCUGUCUGGUUUUUGGAUCACGACUAUCUGGAGAAUAUGUACGGAAUGUUCAAAAAGGUCAACGCACGUGAGCGGAUAGUCGGCUGGUAUCACACAGGACCCAAACUGCACAAAAAUGAUAUUGCCAUUAAUGAACUGAUGAAGAGAUAUUGCCCAAAUUCUGUUCUAGUGAUCAUUGAUGUGAAACCCAAAGACCUGGGUCUUCCCACUGAGGCAUAUAUAUCUGUUGAGGAAGUUCACGAUGACGGCACUCCAACAUCAAAGACAUUUGAACAUGUCACCAGUGAGAUCGGCGCAGAGGAAGCCGAGGAAGUUGGUGUGGAGCACUUGUUACGAGACAUCAAGGACACCACAGUGGGAACAUUAUCACAGAGGAUCACAAAUCAGGUACAUGGACUGAAAGGCCUGAACUCCAAGCUGCUAGACAUCAAGAGUUACAUGGAGAAGGUGGGCACCGGCAAAUUGCCCAUCAAUCACCAGAUAAUCUAUCAGCUCCAAGACGUCUUCAACUUGCUGCCUGACGUUAACCUUCAGGAGUUUGUCAAGGCCUUUUACCUAAAGACAAAUGACCAGAUGCUGGUGGUUUACCUGGCAUCUCUCAUCCGCUCCGUGGUUGCUCUUCACAAUCUUAUCAACAAUAAGAUUGCCAACAGAGAUGCCGAAAAGAAGGAGGGUCAGGAGAAAGAGGAAGGAAAGAAGGAGAGGAAGGAUGAGAAGGAGAAAGAAAAAAGCGAUGUAAAGAAGGAAGAGAAAAAGGAGAAAAAAUGAAACCGCUCUAUAAUUAGCUUUUUUGUUAUUAUAUUUGGCAGAGCAUGGGUAAAUCUUACAAAUCGAAGUGAGCUGUAUUUCAGGUCUGAUAAAGGGUUAAACACUUGGUACAGGCAAUGGCUUUUUAAGUAACCCUCUCAUAAAAGUAUCUUUUUUUUCAUCUGUACCCUUUUGGAUUAUGGAUGCUCUGUAUCAGACAAGUGUUUGCAAGCUCAUGUAGACAGAUUGCUAUUUUCCGCUCCCACAGUGAAAAGUAGCAACACCUAUUUGUAUGAGAGAGUGUGUGUGGGGGUGUAAGAAUAUGUCUGUAAUAUCACCUACAAAAACAAUUAAAAAAUCUGGUUUAUAUAUA